AUGGAGGUUGAAGGUCAAUCAUUGCAAUUUGAGCUUGACACAGGAGCAACGCACACAGGUAUCCCAGAACAUGUGUUUGAGAACAUUAAUAAAUCCAAACAUAUCAAGUUGUCAAAGUCAGAGAUAGAUUUUAAGAGUUUUACUGGGGAACGGAUAAGACCUAAGGGCGUUGCUAGAGUUAUGGUUAGUUACCAAAACCAAUGUACUAUGCCAGACGUGUAUGUCGCCAAAGAGACAAACCAAUUAUUAUUAGGAAGGGGUUGGUUGAAGUAUAUUAACUUGGAUUGGCCAAAAUUAUUUGCAAAAGUCAAUCAAGUAAAUAAGGUUGAUAGAGAAAUAGAUGAACGCAUCAGCAAGGUAUUAGAUGUAUACAGCAACUUGUUUGAUGGAAAGUUAGGGCUAUUAAAAGAUGUAAAAGCCAAUAUUGAACUAGAGGAAGGUUCUAAACCAUACAUGAGUAAAUGUCAUAGAGUUCCAUACGCCUUAAAAGGCAGGGUUAAUGAUGAAUUGGAUAGGCUAGUCAAUGAAGGCAUAAUAACGCCUAUUAAACAUUCUGAAUGGGGUAGCUCUAUUGUUACUGUGCAUAAGAAAAAUGGUAAAAUAAGAAUAUGUGGAAAUUAUAAACCCUCCAUUAAUCCAAUGUUGAAGUCAGUGGCUCCACCAAACAUAAACAUUGAUGAUAUUUUGGUUAAUUUAUCAGGUGGGAAUAAGUUUACAACACUUGAUCUUGCCCAAGCAUAUAAUCAAAUGGAGUUAGCAGAUGAAGCUAAGAAAGUCCUAACUAGAAUAACGGAAAAAGGUUUUUACCAAAUGAAUCGAUUACCUUUUGGUAUCACAACAGCACCCACCAUUUGGCAAAAUGUUAUGUUGAAUGUAUUGCAGGGAUUGAAUGGCGUACAGGUAUAUCUUGAUGAUAUUAUUAUUACGGGCAAAGAUGACCAAGAGCACAUAAAUAAUUUGAAGGGAGUAUUGAGUAGGUUAGAGGAGUAUGGGUUGAAACUGCGACGUGAUAAAUGUGUUUUAAUGCAGAAAUCUGUAGCUUUUCUAGGUCAUGUCAUAGAUAAGGAUGGCAUACAUAAGUGUCCAAUUAAGACAGAACAAAUUUUGAACAUACCCUUACCAACGGAUGUUAGUCAACUCCGAUCAUACUUAGGUAUGGUGAAUUAUUACCAAUCAUUUGUGCCUAAUAUGUCAUCCAUGCUUAACCCUUUGUAUAAGAUGUUGCAAAAGGGAGUGAAAUUUCAGUGGUCUAAGGCAGCCAAAGAUGCCUUUGAAAAAUCCAAGUUUGAAUUGGCUAAUUCUGGGUUUUUGGUGCAUUACAAUCCCAUGUUACCAAUAACAGUAGCAACAGAUGCGUCACCAUAUGGUGUGUCAGCCAUAUUGUCCCAUAUAAUUGAUGGCAAGGAGAGGCCAGUAAAGAUAGCCCCUAGAUCUUUGACUGCAGCCGAACAAAACUACCCACAAAUAGAGAGGGAGGCAUUGGCCAUGGUUUAUGCGUUAAAAAAGUUCUACCCAUAUGUGUAUGGUAAACAUUUCAUGUUAGUAACAGAUAAUAAACCGUUGACUCGAAUAUUUGGUCCCAAAACAGGGUUACCAGUGUUAGCAGCUGAAAGGAUGCAGAGAUGGGCUUUGUAUAUUUCAGGUUUUGAUUAUGAAAUUGUGUUUCGUAACAGUAGAGCUAAUGCGAAUGUUGAUUGCUUUUCAAGGCUGCCAAUAGGGUCAGCACCAGAGAAUGAGUUAACAGACGUUAAUGUUAAUUUAAUUGAGACUAUGGAAGCACUCCCUGUAAAUGCUAACGAUGUUAAACGUGAAACAGCUAAAGAUAAGGUGUUAGCUAAAGUGACACGACACUUAAUUGAUGGUUGGUCCAACUACGAAAACAAUUUAGAACCUUUCUACACACGUAGAAAUGAGUUAACUAUUGAAAUGGGAUGUAUCCUAUGGGGCACUAGAGUAGUGAUCCCACCAAAAUUACAAACCAAAGUUCUUAAUGAUUUGCACAUUGGACAUAUGGGAAUUGAAAAAAUGAAGAGUUUGGCAAGAUCUUAUUGUUGGUGGCCUGGCAUAGAUAAACAAGUUGAAGAUAUUGCAAAAAGCUGUAAUGCAUGCCAAAUUAUACAAUAUAAAGCUCAGAUAGCACCUACACACCUAUGGUUACCUUCAACUGAAAAGUGGGAGCGAAUCCAUGUGGAUUUCGCAGGUCCCUUUGAGAGACGCAUGUUCCUAAUUAUAGUAGAUGCCUAUUCAAAGUGGCCUGAAGUGAUAAUAAUGGGUUCAACUACAGCCACUAAAACAAUUGAGGAAUUGAGGAUACUAUUUAGUGGGUAUGGUCUCCCUAAAAUAAUUGUAUCGGAUAACGGGUCGCAAUUUACUGCAAGUGAGUUUAAAGAUUUUGUGACCAGGAAUGGUAUAAUUCAUAACUUCUCUUGUCCUGGCCAACCUUCCACAAAUGGUCAAGCGGAAAGGUUUGUGCAAACCAUGAAACAAGGCAUACGUGCAUCUAAUGAUGAUGGUUGCACAAUUCAAACAAAAUUGAGCAGAUUCUUGUUAGCUUAUCGAAAUGCUGAACAUGGCUUAACAAAACAGAGUCCUGCACGAGUGUUCAUGAGUACACCAUUAAGGUCCAGGUUAGAUAUGCUAAGACCUAGUAUGACUGAUUCAGUUCGAGGUAAACUGCAUGAUCAAAUGCAAAAAUUUAAAUCAAAGAUUAGGACAUUUGAGGUCGAUGACAAAGUGUUUGUUCGAGAUUUCAGGGGAAGAGAACCAAAUAAGAUCAAAUGGACACCAGGUGUAAUAACUAAGAAACUUGGUCCAUUGCGUUAUGAGGUUAAAGUGGGUGAUAAGUUAAAGUGGUGUAGACACCUAGAUCAGAUUAAGUCAAGGUUUUCAGACCAAGGUACUGACGUUGAUAAUGUUACUGAUGACAUAAUUGAGGAGUUGAUUGAUAAUCAUAUGGAAAUGAGUGAUGGUGAAGUUGAGUGUAAUGAAGGUCAGGGUUUGGAGAAAAUCCCUAACCCAAGUGUUGCUAUCAGUGAACCAGAUAUUCAUGUAAGACGAUCAACACGUGUAAGGAAGACACCAACUAGAUAUAUUGAAGAAUGUUGA